AAAAAAGCAUCACCACAACUAAAUCUCCUCCAUUCCGCAAAGUGAACCAAGCCAGCUUCAAUUCAUACACAAGAGCACCAUUCGUGUUUUCCUCUGCAUAGCAAAGAAGCAUCCAUGGCUGCCAACAAGUUUGCAACCAUGCUACACAAAAACUGCCCCAAAAUCAUAGUGAUUCUAGUGUAUGCAUUUCUUGAAUGGAUCCUAAUACUCCUCCUCCUCCUCAACUCCCUCUUCUCACAUCUCAUUGCAAAGUUUGUCGAAUUCGCUGGCCUUAAACCAUCCUGCCCAUGGUGCUCCACACUAGAUCACCAUUUUGAUCAUGUGUGUGAGGCACAUGGCACAGAGAUAGGCAAGAUGACCUUCUGCGCCGCUCACAACAAGUUGGCCACCGACUCCCACAGUUUGUGCAUCCGUUGCUCUUCUUCUACUGGAGCCACGAACGAUGUUUCAUCCACGGUUGCCUUCUUCACAUGGAGGAGCGAGAACGCAGGAGGCGAGGAGGCGAGAUGUUCGUGCUGUGAUGAUCAAAUCUUGACCACACAUCAAUCUAUUCCCUUCAAGCCUACUUGGGAUCUUCUCCUUGAAUAUGUGCAUAAGCAUAAGCUAGGGUAUGAAGUGAAAAAGGAGACUGAAUUUCGAGAAAAUGGUGGAGAUGAUGGUGAGGGAUUUGAUCAGAAGAAGAUUGAAGAUGGCAAAAAGGCUGAGGAUUUAAAUGUUGAGGUUGAAGAAUGGGACUCUAGCCACACAGUUGAUGAGCCCUUCAGCCAAGGGCGAAACGAGGACGAGGAAUCCGAGUACAUAGAAGACAUGCUUUUGCAGAAUGCAGAGUUAAUGGAUUCAGAUAGAUUCAUCUGCAUAGAGCUCAUUGAUACAGAUACUGAUGCAGCUGCAGCUCCCACACCCACAAAUAGCUCUGAAGAUGUUGAAGACAAUGACACAAAGAUUGAUGGAGAAGCACUUGCACAUGAAAUUGGCCUAAUUGAAUCGAACAAUAUAGAGGAAUUGAACAGAAACGAGAGCCACACGAUCGAGGCACUAUACGCAGAGCUAGAGGAAGAAAGAGAAGCUGCAGCAGAGGCAGCCAGGGAAAGCAUGGCUAUGAUAACGAAGCUCCAAGAAGAGAAGGCGGCAAUGCAGAUGGAAGCAGUGCAGUACCAGAGGAUGAUGGAGGAGCAAGCCGAAUACGACCAAGAAGCGCUCCAGCUCCUCAACGACCUCAUCACUAAACGAGACAAGGAGAAUAGGCAGCUCCACGAGGAGCUCCAGAUGUACAAGCUCACGCCCACGACAUCUCCAUACAAAACUAGGAUGACUCAUUCAGUUGAUUCGGAACACGAAAUUGGAGAUGUAUCACUAGCUGAAUUCGACGAGGAAAGGGCGUCCAUCCUCGAACAAGUCAAGGUUUUGUGUGAUGAUGGUGAUCAACCUAUGGCGAAGAAACUACUCCCACUUUUCGAUGGAGCAGAAGAUGAUCAAGAGGAGAUGGUUUUGAUGGAGGAAGAAGUAGAGCAUGUAUAUGAGAGGCUGCAAGCUCUUGAAGCAGAUAGUGAUUUUCUGAAACACUGCAUCCGGUCGAUGAGCAAAGGUAAUGAAGGGAUGGCUCUGCUCCAAGAGAUUAUGCAGCAUCUUCGUGAUCUCAAAUCCGUACAGACAAACCUUCUCUAGGAUAGAAUGUGAUGUGUAUGUAUAUAUAGUAUUACAUGAUGAAUUGAGAGGGAAGUGGUCAUCCUGGUAAUUUUUGAAUUUGUGUUUAUUACUCAAGAUUUUUGAAGUUUUUAUUCAUGAUAUGAAACAAAAUCAUUAUCAUAGGUUGCAAUUA